AAAUUGCUAACGAUGAAAAAGAUUCCAGGCACGAAAAAGCACAAAAGUUGCUUGAUAGUUAUAAGAAGGCGAGUGGCUUUCUAGGUUGCCUGACGUUCAAGAUCCCGCCAGGGCGCAGGUGGCUUUCUAGGUUGCCUGUUGUUCAAAGGUUUUUAGCUGAUUUGGGUAUUCGGCUAGAUUAUCACCUAGCAAGGGUGUGGGAAAAAGGACGAUCUAAAAGACAAAUCCAAUGCUACCAACAGACAUUUCUUGAAGGCGGAACUAUAAAUGGAAGCGUAAAUGGAAAUACAACUUGUGCAAAUUUCACUGGAUCCUCUAACCAACACGGGGAGGAAGAAGAGGAAGAAGAUUUAGAUCAAAACCAUGAUGAUAGAGUUGACGACGAGAGCGUAAACUUUGUACUGCAGUUUUGUGUACCUGAUAACGAUUCUCAAAAAGUAGCAGAAUCAAUGAUCGGAAAAGUCGAAAGAACAGCUUUAAUAAUAGAUGACGUCAAUUUGGAAGAAACUUUUGAACAUUAUUGUAAUGAGUGUGAAAACAUUUUUGACGACGUAAUGGAUCUUAGGCCUGGAUCUAAAUUUACGGAAAAAAUCUCUGAAACAAUAUGGGAAAAUUUUAUAUCGAAUACAUAUCCCGAAUACAAAUUACCCAAAAAAUGGGAAGAAAUAAUAAACGAUGUGUUCAAUCCAAAAGAUUCUUUAUUAGAAUGGAUUAAAUGCUGGCGUGGGCUUUAUGUAAUUUCCGGUGAAAAUGAAUUCGAUGAAGACUUUUAUAUAAAGGAUACAAUCUAUAAUAUUCUUGCACCAUAUAUUAAAGCAUUUAAAGCACUAUACAAUAUAUUAAAAUCAGGAGACCUCGAAGAAAAUCAGUUCAAUGCACAGUUCGUAAAUCUGAUACUUAACAACACACUUGAUGCUAUUUGUAACGUCGACUGGCGAAUUCUCGAAGUACCAAUCGAAAGCAGUAAACAUCGACGUAAUACCAAUCUCAACCCAAUUAUUGAUAAAGUUUUAUCAGCAAAACGUGCGGAUGGUUUAGCGCGUCUCUGGAUAAGUCGUGAGGAAAUAUUCGUAUACGAACAAGUCGGUCCCCCCGACUACAAUGAUCUUACAGAACUUUAUCUUCACGACUAUAAGCUUAUUAGAACUAUGCGAGAUAUCUUAAAUCAACGUAUAAUUUUUCGACUUAAUGAUGGAACAUCGGAUAAUAAAGAUUUAGCAAGCUUCAGUGCUUUAGGGUAUCGUACAGACGUAUCAUUGUUUUGGCUUAUGAUAAAUCAAAGAGCAUAUUGCCUAUGUGAAUUUGGGAGCUUUAGAGUCCCUCUUCUUUGGGAAGAUCUUCCUGUAUUAUCCGAAGCAAUUAUAAUCUGCUUAAAAUUCUUUUCCUUCAUGAAAGAAAAUACAGAGAAACGAAGAUUGCUUAUUGAUCCAAAGCAGAAAUUGCUUGCCAAGCGGAAGAUUCAUACCAUAAUGCCUAACCCGUCAACUUUCGAUCGAUCUAAAAAACAAAAUUACCGAUCAAAAAAACCAAAGAAAUAA